AACCGAUAAAAUUUACUGGGGCAAGCGUUCCCAUGACUAACAAUCACUUAGACCGACGUGUUAGUUGACCGUCAGGCUCAAACACUAUUAAGUCCACGUCUACUCUCACAUGUCAGAAAUAUCACCACGUGUAUCACUAUCAGAUGAAUGUUUCCAUUCAUUUGCUUGACACGUUUCUGCAAUAUGCCACGUGUAAAUGCGACCCUACUUCAGACUUCUGGCUUUUCCUAUUGUAUAAGUAGUAGCUUCUUCAGUUAACUAGUGUCAACGUAGGAAACUAGAAUUAAUACAAAUUAACCGUGCAAGAAAGUGAAGAUGAGCCAGGAACAAGCACAAAGGCCUAAAGCGGGUGAUCCGAUCAAAUACGGCGACGUAUUCAACGUCUCUGGUGAACUCGCCUCCAAGCCUGUCGCACCACAAGAUGCUGCGUUGAUGCAGAGCGCUGAGACCGCGGUUGGACAGCCCCUGGCGGGAGGACCAGCUGAAAUCAUGCGGUCUGCUGCAAGAAUAAACGAACGAGCAGGUCUCGUCGGUCUUGAUGACGUAAAUCAUAUUGCGAGAGACAAAGGCGUGACCAUUACAGGAACUGAAGUUCCUGGUGGCCGCCUAAUCACUGAAACAGUUGCUGGACAGGUUGUUGGACAAUAUGUUCAAGCGGCGCCGGGGCUAACAGCCCCAGCAGGAGUAGGCAACCAAGGUAAAAUUACAAUGGGACAAGCACUUGAAGCCGCGAUACAAACAGCCGGCAAGCGAGUGGAUCAAAGCGAUGCUGCAGCGGUUAGAGAAGCAGAAGUGAGAGCAACUGGUAGCAGCGUCGUGCUUCCGGGUGGAUUCGCAGCUUCAGCUCAGUCAGCUGCAGCUUAUAAUGCGGGAAAGAUCCGCGACGAGGACAAGAUAAAGCUCAAAGAUAUUUUGGCGGGAGCAAGCAGAGGUCUGCCGGCUAAGGAGGUGACCCAAGAAGAUGCUGAAGGAGUACAGAACGUGGAAAAGUUGCAUAACCUUGGCUUCACUACACAUCCUGGUGGAGUGGCGGAAUCGGUGACUAGGGCGGCUAGGGUCAAUCAGCGAGGUGUCAACAUGUAGUGAUAUUUUGUGGUAUAAAAAGGUAUAGCUUGUGACUAAAAUAGGGCACUUUUGGUGUCAUAUGUGUUGGGUUUCUCUGCUGGUGAAUUAAUGUGAAAGUUUUGUUAUGCUUAUUCAA